AUGUUUUUAUUAAGCAACAAGGCAGCAUUUAUUUCCGUUUUUGCUAUUGCAUUCACAUUACUUAAUAAAAAUGAUAUUAAGUUAGAUCUUGACAAAAUCUCAAUGAUUUCUUUAAGGGAGCCAAUUCAAAAAGUUGGAGAAUCGAUAAAAAAUUCGGAAGAUAGCAUUUCUGAAAAAGUUCCAAGGCUAUUCAAGAAUAUAUCUCCGUUGAAUAUGGAUAUAACUGAAAUUAAAAUGGAUCCAGUAUUAUUCCAAAACUCAAAUACAAGUAGAGCAUUAAAUUGUUAUGAGAGCUUACCUCAGUACACUUUAAUUAGAGGUAUCUUAAGUGAAUAUUCAUAUUUUCUCACUAUGUACUAUAGAUUGAAAUGUGAGCAUUACAAUGAAUAUCAUGAUGGCACAAGAUGUGGUGACACACUUUUCUUAAUUGACCUACUGGAAAACAAGGCUGAAAUCUUGAAAGAAAAAUUUGUGAGCAAGAAAAAUGAAUGUUUUUCGCUUGAGGCAAAUGCUAUUUCUGUUCAAUCCAGAUACUUCAACUCGAAUGGUUUUGUUGGAAGAUCAGAAAAUAUUCUGAAAGAUUACGAACUUCUGAUGCUAGAGAGAUCUUUUUUAAGAAGAGUUAUUUCUCAAUUUGAAUCUACUUUAACCAAUAAGACUAUUGAGUAUGAGCUCUCAUGUAUGAAAAAUGAAAAGGCAGAAGAUAAUUCUGUUGACUGUCAUUUAUUGAGGACCGAAUGCUGGAUUUUAGAAUCUGAGUUGCUAUCUCUUUCAGAGGAGCAUUUUAAGAGAGUCUCAUUGUUCGAAAGGACGAAGGAUAUUUUGGUAUGA